ACGCAUUAGAUAUCAUGAGUUUUUAGUUGCGUGACAGCCAGUGCCAUGCCUCCACCACCACCUCCCCCACCCCCAAUGGGGGGACUGGGGCCGCCAAAGCUCGGGAACAUGGCGGCCACGCCGGACCGAUCUGCUCUGCUUUCACAGAUUCGUGGUGGCGCUGCGUUGAAGAAAGCAAUCACCAACGAUCGCAGUGCACCUAUAAUUGAUGGUGCCAAAAAAGGAGGUUCGUCAUCAUCAUUGUCAUCAAAUGGCUCUGGAAAGCUGGGUGCCCCUCCCGGGUUGGCAGGCCUGUUUGCAGGAGGCAUGCCAAGGUUACGACCUACAGGAAAUGCAGCACAUGGAACAGGACAGCAAUUCGCUUCAGGCAGCAAUGCGCAUUCUUCUGGUCCUCGACAAGCUUUUUCUUCUAGUCUUGCCGCGGGUGGCUCGCACAAGCCCGCCGCUCAGCCACCGCUGCCCAGUGAAACGCCACCUGUGCGCCGUGCGGCUCCCUCUCCCUUUCCAGCCGAUGUGAGCCCUCGUGGCCCACCUCCUGCCCCUCCCCCAUCGAGCCACAAGCCCAACCUGAACGCCAUUGCCCCUGCAGCAGACUCCGCCCCGGCGGCUGGCCGCAGCAGGACGGGUCCUCCUCUCCCAAGCAAACCCCCGGGAGUGACAAGGUCCGCCUCCCAGUCGAGCCUCGGGGGAGGAGCCAAGCAGCGUCCACUGCGUGCACCUGCCGUCAAGCCCCCACCUCCACCUAAGAGCCCCGCGGUGGUCACCACGGCAGUGAGCGUUGCGGCUUCAAAGUUUGGCACCAUGGGACCGUCGCAUCACAGCAACCGAUUGGCAGUACCUGGUGCCGCCCCUCCUUUGGCCCGUAGGCAGAGCUUCGGUGCUCCGGACUCGCGGGACGGUGAGGUUCCGGGGCCGCAGCUCAAGCCAACGGGUCCUCCACCUCCUCCGCGCAAUGUCAGCGUGCCUAGCAAUCUUCACCAAGUGCACAAGGCUCGUGCGGUCCCUCCCGCUCCCCCUGCGCGUGGCCAGGCACCCACUGGGCGCCCCCCGCCUCCGCCAAGAGGACGAGAGCCGCCUCCCCUGCCAACCAGUGCACCUCCACCCUUGCCCAGCACUGGGCCCCCUCCUUUGCCGAGCAGUGCUCCGCCUCCUCUGCCUACUACUGCGCCACCGCAGCUGCCCCAGAGAGGUGCCCCUCCCCAGCCACCUCACCAGACUGCAAAGCCUACUGCAGUUGGUGGCCCCUACGAGGCCGUCUCCCACACCCCCACAGAGAAGCUCCUCGGUCAGGUACCCUGCCUCGGCCCUCCUCUUCAGCAUUUGAAAGCCGUUUCAGGUUUAAUCCCAUUGACCAAAUGCCUGCACCUCACUAUGUUGCAACAAAGGAUAAAAGGUACCCUAGUAAAGCCGCGCAGAAGCAGAACCAUCAACGCCAGGCUCCCCUGCCCCCAAUGUCGCUGCACGCGAGUGGUCUUGUGGCCCACCAGACCCCUGUCUGACCGCAGGCCAAGGGCCCCAGCGGGCACAGUGCGAGUCACAGACACCCAGAGACCCUUCAUCACCUUUCGGGGGUUGGGGAAGCUCGACGUUACGUUGGUCCCGCUCUGUUGGACGCCGCAAGGACGGGGAACUACUGUAAGGAUGUCAAAGAACAAACGCACCCUGUAACAGACGGUGCACACUGCUGGAAUUGCCACUUUUUGUUGUGACACCUUUUUUUUUCACCUGUUUUUAUGAACGUCAUGACAUUAUUAAGUUGUGGUCCACAGGUGCUUUGGCCUUGUCAUCUUUAUAGGUUGUGUGACAUCCCCCCCCCCCCCUUUUUUUUUUGUGGCUCGCCUUUAAUUCAAGAUAGUAGUGCAGAGAAUAGUGAAAAAGAGGUUUGUUCUCAUGUGCCGUAUUUCACAGCUGCUGUUGAGAAGAAAAAUAUUUUGCGAGUGUCUCUCCGUCUCCAGGCGCUUAGUGACUGCAUUAUCAUGCUUUCAUAAGCGUUGAAGAUUGGGCGAAUCAGUUCAUCAUACUUGAACUGGUAUAGCGCAUUACAUGAAAUAAAAAACAGCCGAGCAGACCAUCACAAGUGGACAGAGUGCUCUGUUUGCUUCUAUUGGUCUGUUACUUCUUUCCCGUAAUGUGCUACACCAGUUCAAGUAUGCUUUCAUAACUGUUUGUAUCUUGGUCAGUGUCCCUGACCUCCUCACUGCAUUUGGAAAACCUAGGCAUAACCUUAUAAUGCUAUUGCAGAGGAGUGAAAUAUUGCUGCGAGCGAAAUAUCGAGCAGGGAUGUUCUGUCAAGACAGAAUACAUUGUCCAACUAAGUAGAAGAGUAGAGGGGCUAGUGAUUUGUGUUUUUGGCCUUUCAUGUCAGCCUGACAUUUAAACACAAAAUAAUUUUAUAAUUUUAUUUUGUUACUGAAAUUUUUUCAUAAUGCAGUAAUCAAAGCAAAAUAUGUGCUGUGCCUGACCGCUUUGAUAUCUUUUUUUUUUCUUGUCGACAUGCUGGACAUUUUUAUAGUACCUUUUGUGUACCUUUUGUUUUCACUUUUUUUUUCCUCUUACAGUUUUCCUGCUUACGCUUCUCGCUGUUGCGAUUCUUAAUUUUGGAUAUUACCAGCAGAUGCAUGGAAACACUGGCGACCUGGAGUUGCUUGUUCUAGUUGUAUAUAUGAUACAGAUAGUUGCGCACAAGCUGUGCUGUAUGAAAUCAAAGUGCAGGCCCACAAUGUUGUACAUUUGUCAGCAAAGGCCCGGUUUCUAUUUCUUCACUGUAUAUAAUUAUCAUGCAAGAAAGCCACCGCACUGUUGAAAGCAGGCAUGCGACGUCUACAGAGAGAGCAGCAUUAUGAGAGUGCUUGGGUGAGACGUAUAUUUUUUUCCCUCGCUAUUACCCACUCACUUGUAUGUUGUUAAGUGUUGAUUUCCUUCCAUAUUUACCAGUGUCCAAGGUUAUUAGUUAUCACUCUUUCGCUUCGCCUUACUGCCUUGAACUUAAAGCUGAUUUUGUUUCUGAUGAAUCAGUUGCUGAUGGCCAUGUGAAUUGCCGACGUAAGUCAGUUGAAUAUAGCACUGUGUGUUAAGGUAUGUACUACUGUGCACCCCUGAGCUGAUAUAAACACACCAGGCAUCUUGCAUUGAAGUAAAGUUGAUCUUCUUCUUCUUCACCCUUGAAUAUAACUUGGAAACUGUGGAUUGCAGUCCAAGCUUGACCAACAUUGCAAACUUUCCAGUGCACUUGUCAAGCUCAGUUGGUAAAACCAAAUUAUGAAUAAAUCCGGUCUUUUUACUAACCUUUGGUUUGUGUGCCUCCACUCAAGGGUGUACAUUGCGAAGCUGUUCCAGGCAUUGUAAUCUAAGGAGUAAAAUGAAAGGAAAAAAAAAAAGCAAGAAGGGGCUUUUUAGGGCCCCUUCAAUUUGACAGCAGGGAGUGUUAGGCAGUGAAUGUUUGUAAGCCCAUCACAUAGAAUUACCUCGAUUGGAUGUUUGCCCGCUUGCACGUUCUGUAAACACACACUUGAUAGCGAUGUGUGCUUGAAACAUGUGCUUUUGCAAGGAACAUUGACGAGUAUGAAGCGCUGCUCACACUUCUGCUAGUGCAGAGUGGCCCAUAUGGCUUUUCGCAGGACACUCUUAUUGCAGGUGACUUUUACUGUGCAGAAGUAACUCCUAUUUUACUAUAUUGACUCUACAAUAAAAUACAAAGGGUGGCAAGGUGUUCCCAACGGGUGAUGACUCCGACUCCUGUAGUAGACUUGUUGUUGUCCCUUGCUGAACGUUAUGUUACACGCGAACUGUAAUGAAUAUCAAGGCAAGCAAUAUUGCCUAUCAAUUGUUACUGACAGACUGCUUCUUACAGAAGAGUUUUGUACAAGUGGCCCUUGGGAAUCUAUAAGAUGAGAUCCCUGGGAAUACUUUCUUAUGAUUUCAUUCUUUUACACUUCAAAAACAGCUUGAGUAAAUAUAGUUCGCUAGUGUAUCCUAUCAUAUUUUUUCCUCGAUUUAAUAAUAGCAUUUGCCAUGUCGUAAGCGAAGCUGCGACACACCAUGGUAUAGUAAAGUUGCUGUAAGGGUUAGUUGGCUUAUGCAGAGUAAAGCUUAACAGCUGGCAUUCCAUUCCAUUCACCCAUAAAAAGCUCAGUUUGGUUUCUUUGCACAGCAAUGCUCCUUGGUUCUCUGUUGCAUUAAAGACCGCCUUUGUAGCCAAGGUGAUGAAAUGAGCGUGGAGGAAAUGCGGUGCAACAGUGGUUGCAUCCAAGCAUGAGGACGAUGCAUAUGAGGUUCUUUGUAGCAGUUGCGUUGCACCACAUGUUUAUCUGCAGAUUCUGAGCAUGCCAAAUUGUUGUGUGGUUUUUUAAAAGGCUGAUCAGGUAUUUCAUCAUAUGCACUAAAAGGCACUAAAAGAGGCUACAAGAUUGUGUAUUGUUGCAGCUCUCCAACAACACUUGUAGAAAUUUACUGUAACCAUGCAAAGCUGAUGCACCAUCUUUAUAUCCUUUAGAUUUAAAUCCAGCUGCAAGUGUUCAGUCUUAAUGUGCUUCCAUGUUUUGCAAACUCGUGUGUGACUUCAGCAACAAAAUUUACUGGAGGGCCUUUCAGUUGAAAGCAUUCUUUGCAACCACACAAGCCUACAGGUCUGUGGAUCAUAACUCACGGCAAUAUUAAUAACAAACGGCUCGGGAAUAACCGUUAUUUCUGAAUUAAUGUGCGAGCUAUUUUUAAAGAAGUAGGUAUUUCUAUUGACUAAAUUGGCUCUUGGCUGUGUAGACAUACCGUAAACAAGUAUUAUGUUGAGAAACUCUCUACUGGUUCAAGAAUGUGACUGAUGCCUGCAAGUCCAAGAGGUAUAUCUAGAGAUUUGCCAGUAACAUUCGAUAAUUUAGGCUCUCUGAUUAACUCUAUUAGUUAUUUUCUAAAUCACUGAUUUGCAAGACUUUUUUUAAUUAAAGGUUUAAAGUGAGUUUAUUAUUCUUUUUUUUUUCAAUGAAAAUAAAGAACAUUGGCAGAUCUUCAGCUCUCCCUCUACUAACAACAAGGGCAUUGUGCAUUAGCAGGGGUGGACACAGCCACUAAUUUUAGGAGGGGGGCAGUCUCUUAAAGUAACACUGGAGAGAGAGGGGGUUCUAACGUGUCUUUAGUAGCACAAAAACUCGAUCAUAGCAUAAAUACUGUUGACUUGCACUCACAGUCCUGGUUUGUCCUGAUUGGUGAUAGGCGGUGGAUGACAAGCACUGAAUGGAGGGUGUGCGUUUUGGGUGGGGGCCGAUCAUUGCUACUGCGUCUCCCCCCCCCCCCACUCCGGGUCCGCCAGUGGACAUGCAUUUAAGUUUCGCCUGCAUGAUGAACCAUGCUGAAGGGCUGUCCAGGGAAGUCGUUUUCAAAACAGUUUGCAGAGCUCUGCUAAGCCUAACUAUCAAGUAGUGGCUUCAGUUAUAGACAGCUUAAGUUCAGUGCAAUCGUACAAGCCCUCAGUGAUCUUGUUAGACGUCUCUAAAGAGUCUUGCUGAAGAGGGUGUGUAGAUCUAGCCAAAUUUUUUCCCCCCACGUUUUGCAACAUAUUACUACUGUCCUUGUGCAUGUCAUUUUUCACUAGCACUGUCAUCCGUCUCCUGGGUGUGCGAGGAACCUUUACAUGGCAAUGCUUGUUAAUAAAAGAACUUACUUGGGCACAUGGUAAACUAGUUAGUGUGUAAAGAAGGAAAUGCAAACUUGCACCAGGACCUUUUAUAAAUUUGCAAUGCAUGUGUGUUAAGAUACUGAAAGCGGCUUUAGGCUGACGCAGAGACGCCAUCUCCAGCAUGCAAAAUAUGUGUGCAAUUUUUACAGGUUGUGUACUUCUAUACAGUGUGCUUACUUAAAAAAAACCUCACGUUGGAUCACUUAUAAAUUUUCAUUCAUCAGUACUGCCAGAAUUAUAGCUCUUGCAACUGCAAUAACAAAUAACAAGCCUGUCACAGUCUGCUGAAGCAACUAGUCUGUCACCCAAUAAAAAAAAAUGAAGGUCACAUCUCCACUAUUUUCCAUAACCUUAAAUCCAGUUCAGUAAAGAUUAGCUGGCAUGUGGGUGCAUGUGUGAAGAAGAAUGACUGUGUCAUUUUUUCGCAGCUUUUUUGUGGAAAAUAAGACAAUGCCGUGGAUUAUUUCAGCACCAAGUGGUGAACCAAGUAAAGGAGGUCGAUGGCACUGGUUUUCAAAAAAGCCAGAUGUGUCAUUUUGUUUCAGACUUUUUGUAAACAGUGCAUAACUGGCGCAAGAUUGUAUACUUGCCGUUUUUACUGCAAUAUUCACUCUCAAUUCCAGAGAAAAGUUACUUUAUUUGUGUUGGAUCCUUGGCAAUCAUUUCUGUCACUCACUGCAACCAAAUCAUAAUUGUUACAUCUUGUACGAUUAAUGCUCUUGUUUCAGCUAUUUCCAGAAUACAAACAUGUUUUUGGGUGCCAUGAAAAAAAAAAGGAAAACUGGGAAGUGAUUAUUAGCUGUGAUUCUGAUGAUGAAUUGUGGCUUUUUUCUUUUCUUCUGGUGGAAAAAAGUCUUUUUUCGAGUGCUAACAUCUUUUUCUAUGGUUUAUCAGAAAUUGUGUGUGCUUAUUUCAGCUUGUGUGGGAGGUAACGUGUGGUGAGAAUGAAAAUUAUAUGUGUGAGUGUUAUGAGAGUAUUAACUAUAAAGCCUGUAUGUAUAUAUAUAUAUGUAUAUAUAUAUAUACACUAUAUAAUAGCGCAGUGGCUUGACGCAGCAAGGGGUGCUGCAAGGAAAGAAAAAAAAAGAGGAAGAGGUCUCCUUGAUGCAGUGUGAAGAUGAUGUGCCUUUUUGAGAAUCGUACGGACUAUUAAAUCCAAGUUGAGAUUUCUGCACUUUCAAUUACUUAUAAGAGUAUAUAUACCGUGAGCGUGCCAGCGCAUUUAUUCCCGACUACUUCAAUCGCCACUGCCUGCUGUGAACGCUUAUUUAGUGUAACGUUCCUCUCUCUAAUUAGUCUCACUAUUUCUGCCAUUGCGCUAAACAAAAAGAGUGCUAUCAAUAACUAUCUUGUUUCUGCCAAUUUGGUAACAAGUUAUUAGAAAUUUGUUUUUGAUAUACUUAUUGGUUGGGCGUAGCACUUUGCUUGAAUCUGUCAUGUAGCCUCCAUGAUGUUACUAAUAGUGCUGUUCUAAGUAGACACUGAAUACUACGUUGGGCACUCGUCACAAUUUUUGUUGCUUUGCACGUCUAAUUCAUCAUCCUUCUGGAAAAAAAUACAUAAUCGCAUUUACUUGUAGGUGGGCUUCUUUGCUGCCAGAAAGAUUUUGAGGACAUCAUCACAGCAGUAGUUACAAAGCCCUGGAAGCAAGCUUGCGCACAGUUUUGCCAUUAGCAUCCUUGCUAUGCUUGAAUUCUGAAAUUUCCUUGAUGUACAUACGUGGCGAACAAUUUCAUCCAUAGAGAAACAGAAAGCUCACUUUGUAAACUGCAUAGCUGUAAACCAAUGUUGUUGUCUUCAAGGACACCUCUGCUCAACACAUCAUGUCGUGUCGGCACAGGCGCACCUCUGGCACAGUUUGAGGGUACAAGUUGCGUGGAGCUUUCAGACUUUUCCAGUUGCUAACACAUAUGUGCAUACGAAGGACAGCUUUAAAAUUCACACUGAAGUCUUGUUUUGAGAACGUAUAGUUGUUAUAUUGCUGGUCCUCCUAAUCAUAAAACAGUUGCUGAAAUGUUUUUUAUUGUUUUUUUAUGCAUGGCGACACAUCGUAGGUAUUUAGUUUUGGAAUGGUCCUAUCGGGGCAGUUGCAUUUCAGGUUGACAUUUUGUGUGUGCUGCACAUUUAGAAAAAUGCAAGAUGUGUUGUGCUCUCAAAUAAAGGUUCCAACAAUAAACGUUGGGUUUAAUGUUGGAAGAGCAUGCUUUUCUCAUGAUGUUGCCUCAAUUGAUAUGUGGGGUUUAACGUCCCAAAACCACCAUAUGAUUAUGAGAGACGCCGUAGUGGAGGGCUCCGGAAAUUUAGACCACCUGGGGUUCAUGAUGUUGCCUCAAGUCUCCAUUGGUGUUAUUUUACGCCCACUGAGUCACCUAAGUAGUAAAAGACGAGCGAUAAAAAGAGGGAUAAAAGUUGCAAAAAAUUUUGCCGUUGUGAAAACUACAUUUCCCAUUCUAGAACAGCUGGUAAACAUUAAGAAGCAUGAAAAUCGCAUGCUAUUGUGACAUCACCCAUUAGUUCUAUCAAACAUUAAAGUGGUUGUCAACUUGCAACAGGAUCAUGUGAAAUAAUGUUGCCCAUGUUCUAUUAUAUGUGUUCUUUUCUACUUGUGUUGAAGGAAUAAGCACCAACAAAAUUGUUGGGUAUCAUCGGCCAUCCAACUGGUGGAGGUUAGUGCGAUGUAGCUAUUUGCUUGUUUUAGGCCUGAUCAUUGUGAUUCUGGGCUCUCCUUGAGUCUGAACUGAAAACAUUUUUGUCUCCAAAAUAAAACUAUUGACCUGUA